GCUCAUAAAAUUUUCAAAGCGAGAUUUUUAACAAUUUAAAUAAUUUAUAGUCGUUUUAAAAAACAAUUAAAAAUAUAAGGUAUAAGAAAAAAACUAAAUUUAAAUUUUUGUUUAUGUUUAAUGUGAUAUUUUAAUUUAUAUAUAGUAUAAAAAUAAACAAAAAUGAUGGAGAAUACAAAACACCAAUAAUAAUUGAAAUAUCUAUUAAUUAUCUAUUCAAAUAUUCAAAUCAAACAUAUUUAUAUGUUAGUAUAGAUAUUUCGGUAUACAUUAUUCAAAUUUAUAUAUAUUAUAUUUAUUAUUUUUAAAUUCUGCGAAAUUUAAAGUAUAUAUAAUUUAUUUUUUGAAAAAUAAUUUAAAUGGUUUAUCCGAACCGAAACAAAUUUAUAAAUAUCCAAAUGAAACUGAAAUUUUAACUCCGAAAAUUAGAAAUCUGAAUAAACUCGACCAAACUCAAAUGGGUAUCCGAACAUACCCUUAAAUUAAAUAGACUCUGGAUUUCAGUUUUCUAUUGAAUGGAUAAACACUGUAAACCAGUUUUUCCUCCUAUAAUUCCUAUUAAUGUUUUGUACGUUACAGACAAUGAAACAGCGGCUGGAUUUUAGUGGAGAUCAGAUCCCACAUAAACACAUAAGUGUGACCAGACCAGACCACUAACACCUGUGCCUUCUCGUUUUCUUAUUUGAGCUUUUACAUCUUGUUGGUCAACAACCAGUUGGGUUAUCUAAUGUGGACCAGGAAUUACGGACUAAUAAAAUAAAAUAAACAUAAACAUUAGGGGUACAAAAGCAAAUAUUAUAAUAUUUUUAGCUGUCUCAUUAAACCUUCCUGGUACCUUUAUAAACAGAGAACCCUCUGUUAGCCUCUUCUAACAAUUUUUAUUACACAAACAAACAGAGGACCACUGUCGUAAUGUUAGCGCCGCCAGUAGCCGCCGCGUCCUCUGACAUCAAUUCGCCUUGUCUCUCGGCAUUCGAACGACCAAUGGAGAAAGCCCUUGUCUCCGAAUCAACUCUGAGUCAUCUUUUCCCCAACGAGUUCCCUUACGAGUUCGCUCUCACCUCCCCAGAGGACGUAACGGAGACGGAAGACGAAGAUGACUUCCUUGCCGGGUUGACUCGCAGACUCGCCCUCCCUUCCCCUCCUCCCAUCGACGAGGCUAAGGUGAAUUCGACUGAGUCAACUCGGAGUGGAAACAAGAGUCCCAACGGUCCGUUCUCGCAAGCCCUUUCACCGCCGGAAACUCCGUGCCGUAAAGACGACUCUGUGAAAGUUGUAUCUGCUGCAGCUGGAGAAGUCCACAAGAUCAAAGUUUAUGCAAAACCCAACAGACGCCCACCAUUUCCUCAAAACGCGGCGUUUUACAACUACCAUUACUACUACUACUACUGGCUAAGGCAGACGCAACCCGCUCUGUCCACGUAUCACUAUCCCGUUGGAGGCGUUUUCGCCGCUCCAACCGCCGUUGCUGGUACCGGCGUUUUCACCGCUCCAACCGCGGUUGCUGGUACCGGCGUUGUAACCGCUCCAACCGCCGUUAAACAGCCGUCUGUUGGCACGGGCGUUUUCCUUCCCCGGAAUUGCACAAAGCCUUCUGGUUCCCGUAAGAAAGCAGGUAAGUGUGUUAAGUUGCCGACAAAGGUUGUUCAGACAGAACAUCCUAGAACUGAAAAACUCUCUGGUGGGAUUCAAUCACGUUCGCAAGCUCAUCUUUCUGCAGGAUGUAGCAAACUCGACCCUGGUACCAAGUCUGCGGUAACUGGUGGCUGUCCCAAGGAAGAAAGUAAUCUUCCACAAGAAUGGGUGUACUGAUUUUAAAAAUAAUCAGGUUCUGUAAUGGUUUAGAUUUAUUGUGAGAUAGAUGGUUACUGGCUAUAGUAAAGAAUAAUUGUGUGGGGGCGAGUUGGAUUGGGGAUUUAUUGGUUAUUGCUUAAUUUAUUUUUUUAAAUUAGGAUGAUAACAGAACUAGGUUUUAAUAAGACCAUUUUUUGGUGGUCUUUGGAGGAAUUUUCAGCUGCUCUUCCUUGGGUUAAGGUUAUGUCUUUGUAGUUGUAGUUGCGGCGCAACAGAAUAGAUGAUGAGUUGAGAGUACUUCAGGGUGUUUUCUGCGCCUUUUGGAAUCUAUGGGGUUUGCAAUAAAGUAUUUAUAAUAUUUGUUUGGUUGGUUUGUUUUAAUAAAUGAAGUAAAAGUUUGUGUUGAAUCAUAGUGGUGAUGGAAAAAGAUUGUAUCUGGAAGCAUUUGUGUCUUGAGAAAGGUUUGUGAACUUUGGCUUCAAGCUUGCUUAGUUUAAGACAAUAAAAGAAAGACAAACGGUGAUGAGAUGUUUGAUCAAAGAAAGACAAGCUUUCUUGAACCGAUGAUGCUUCCUUUUAAUCAAAGAUUCUAAGCAUUCCAGCACAUGUAAACUGAUUACCUCUUUGUUAUCGUAGGCUCCCAAUCUAAAUUUGCUUUGAAUCUUCUUUGCGCCUCGGCACAACAGCACGGUCUUUCGGCUUCCAGAAAUGGGCUACUAUAGGGCCUUCCUUCUCCAUCUCUCUAAAUCACUCCUUAAAGUUACAUGUUGCAUUAUUUGCUCUGUAAGCGCUUUUUAAAACUACGUAGUACCGCGACCCUGGAGCUCCAAAUUGUUUUUGGAAUCUUUUUUCUUUUUGUCAAGGAUGCUUUUCAUUAAGCUUAGAAAAGCCCAUUAACAAACGGUUCAUCCCCACCCAUACAAUAUUUCAGCCCAGUCACCACCUAUCAAAAGAGUAAAAUUACAGGUCUUAGUUAAAUAAAAAUUAAGUGCGUGCUCGACACGUACUCCUUGAUGUGACAGGACCUUUCUGGAAUCGGAGGAAGCAUCACAUGUGACGCUGGAAACUCUGCCGGAUCGAACACCGUGAAUUUUUUUCUCCGUUUAGUUAAACUGCUUGACCGUUCUACGUGGAUCUUUUCAUGUUCUUCAUCAACCCGCAAGUAUUAGGCCCAGUGAGAAGUUUCAAGGAGAUAAAACGCAGAGUCUCGCCCAUAAUGUUUUCAAAAAGAGAACUCCAGCUAAUUUGAAACCGCAUCCUCUCUCCUUCGCUUAAUCAAACAACUCGAUUUCUUAUCAACUCUGGAUACUCCACUCCGCCCACGAAUUUGAACGCGAAGAUUGAUUUCUCGCUGAGUAACAAAUCAAACAUAACUUUUGAGAAGAUUAAAACCCUCCAAAAUCAAACGGGAUAAUAUAUAGAUCAGGAAAGGAGAAAAACAGAUUUUAAAACACAGCAAAAUCCCUUAAGGAAAAACAAAUCUGCUAAUCGGAAGUAACUAAGAUCGA